CGUCCCCCGGCGAGGCGCGGGGAGCCUCGGCCAUGUGUGAGGAAGGAGCCGCCAAGCUGCGCCUGAAGCCCCGGACGGCGCCGUCCGCCCGCGGCCGGGAGCGCAGCCCCGGCCCACAGCCCCCGCCGCGGCCCCAGGCAUCGACUGACAGAUGUUCCUGGUUUGAAAAGGAAGAAUUAAAUGAGUGUGAAAAAACCUGGCUUUUGCUACUGAAAGACAUCAGUCAAGAUUCACAGUGCACAAACUGGGACACAGUGCCCAGCUUUCCAGAGUUCUUGGAAAAGAAACAACAGGAAAAGAGUCCAGAACACCAGGAAGUCUUUACAGUUGGAACAAAAGACUUUCAGUGGGUAUCAUUCCCAUCUUUUCACAAAGAAAAAUGUCUGAACCCCAAGGAUCUGAGCUCCCAGCAGCCAACACAGAGCCAGAGCAAUGAAUUACAUAAAGGACAGGGCCAGGCAGAUAAACUGAAGAGUUUAUCAUCCACAGCUGAGAAAACCUGCAGGGGAACCAGUACAGAUCAAGCCAAAACUGCAUCUGGAGCAGACACAAAAGGUGUUUCAGAGCUGGAUGUGAGUCCCAAGCCACGGGAACUCCCUGGGCACAGCAGCUCAGCACAGCCCUCAGCGUUGGCACAAAGCCCUGCAGAGGCUCUGGGCCCUCAGCAGCACCACACAGGGACUGUACAGAACAGCAGGGCAGACAGGAGAGAAAAGGGUGAGGAAAAGCCUCAAAUCCAAACACAUCAGGGGGAGCUUCCAGUGGGAGAGGCCACGGGGAUGUCUGCAGAGAAGCCUCGGCUCGGGAGCGCUCCUGGGGCUGAGAGCCACGAGGAGAAGGUGGAAAACCAGAGUGAAGCAGCUUCGGCUCUUGACAGUUGUCCCAUGUGUCUGACACAGUUUAGUGGAAGACUCUCCCAGCUGGACAUCGAUGGGCACCUGGCAAGGUGCUUGUCUGAAAGUGCAGAUGAUGUCAUGUGGUAAAUCCAGAGGAGAGCACAGGAACCAGGCCAAGGAUGAAGCUUUCUCAAAGGAAAAGGAAAAAUGUGUCAAGGAAGCACAUCCUUGUCUCUGACUUAAACCAGUAACUCAACAGAAGGAUAAGUGCCACCUGCCUAUUUGUUUUUGUUUUAUUUUAAAGCCUCUCAAAUGCAUGUAAAGUAAUUCUAGUUCUGAAAAUGGUGCUCUGGGAUGUCCCAGAGACCCCCAGGGAAAUCAGGCUUGGUACUCCUGAAGAAAUGCACUACUGGAAAUCCCUCAAGCUUUGUCUGAUGCACCAGAGUUCUGAAUCUCUCAGAACAGAAGAAAGCAGCUGAG